CAGGUAUUUUAUAGCCUGCAGUGACACAACCUUCACACAAAAAAAGUGUCUCCCCAGUAACAGCUGCCAAGGUUUUGUAAGAUAUUGGAUCUGCAAGAUCCUAUGGUGCUGCUUUGGGGCCUUAUGGAGUAAACAUGGACCAACGGAAUCAACGAGGCCAGUAAGAUGGCCCUGCUCGCCUGGGAGAAGGAGAUGGGCAUCGAGCUGGUGCAAAUCAACGGGCAGAGGCGCUAUGGAGGGCCCCCCCCAGGCUGGGUGGGCGGCCCACCGCCAGCCAACACCGAGGUGUACAUCGCCAGGCUGCCGCAGGACAUCUAUGAGAACACGCUGAUCCCGCUGUUCAGCAGCGCCGGGAGGCUCUACGAGUUCCGCCUCAUGAUGACCUUCAGCGGGCUGAACCGCGGCUUCGCCUUCGCCAGGUACGCCUCCCGGCAGGAUGCCCGCAGCGCCAUCGCCGCCUUCCACCGCUUCCAGCUGCGCCGGGGCUGCGCCAUCGUCGUCUGCUGGAGCACGCAGAAGCGCGAGCUCCUCAUCGACAGCCUGGGCGCCUCGGUGAGCCAGUGGGAGCUGGAGGCCAUGCUGCAGACGGUCACCGAGGGCAUCUGCAGCGUCACCCUGUACUCCAGCCCCUCCCAGAAAGAGGCCAAGCGCGCCGUGCUGAAGUACAGGUCGCACGAGGCUGCUGCCCUGGCCAAGAAAGCCCUGAUGGAAGGGAACCUGAGGCUCGGGGAAGAAAAGAUGAGGGUGGACUGGCUGGACCCUCAACUGAAGCAGAAGCUGCAGCUGUGUAUGGAGGAGCCAUUGUCCAGCUGGGUGCAGGGAGAUGAGAGCCCAGCAGUGCCCCCGCCUCUGUCACUGCAGAACGUGCUGGACUGCCUGAACACGCUGUGCUGGAAGCAUCACCUGAGGACACCCCUGUUCAUGACCCAAUGUGUCCAGGUGAACCCCAAUGGGUGGCAGCGGUUCUGGUACCAGGUGGCCAUCCCAGGGUUCCACGUGCCCCUCAGUGGCUUCAUGUGGAUCUCACCAGACAGGCAGGGCCAGAGCAACCACGAGAAGGCCAAGGGGGUGGCAGCCCUGCAUGUUCUCCGGGUGUUGGGGUGCCAGCUGAAGUAGGAGCUGCUCUGCCACAGCCACAACUGAGCCCAAGCCCUGCUGGGCUCCCAGCCCUGUUCCAGCUUUCCUUGGAGUUGUUUGCAUCGGUUUUGAGAGCUGGCUCUGGAGGAUAAAGGCUGCUGUCCUGGUCCAUGGCAGCUACCCUGUCCCCAGGCAGCCCUUGAGUUGGUUCUAGUUUUGGGUUGUUGGUAUUCCUGUUGCCAAGUUUGGUUCUGUUAAGUUGGUUUGUGUUGCGUUGGAGGGCAGAUCCUGGAGAAGCAGUAGCAGCUCUUGGAGGGGCUGCCAGCACUGGAUGCCAGUGUGAUGGAGGGAAUUCCUCCACUGGCAUUCCUGGCUCCUGGGGAGCAGCCUCAGGGGAGGACAAGGCCACACACAGGGAGUGUCCCAGGGGUCACAGACAUUCUGUGGGCUGGUGGAGGUGCUGUGUGGGGAGAGAAGUGCCUGAAACCUGUUUGCAUAGUGAGGAAGCAGCUGUGGAGUUGGCAGCUGUCCAUGAAUGAUUCCUCAGGAGUGGCAGGUCUGGCCACUGUUGUCUUUUGGGAUUAAAGAGUUCUGGAGUGCACCAGCUGGGUCACGUCAUCUUUUCCUCCUGCAUCCUCAGCUCCCUGCCUGUCCAGUGCAUCUCAGUGCUCUCCCCACACACCAGGAAAGGCAGAGCAAGGGACAGGGUGGGAUCUGGAGCCUUCAGAGCCUGGUGGGCCCAUUGUGUGGGAAGCAGCAUUCCUUAACACCUUGAUCUUUGUUGUCUUCUGCUCACUGAGCUCUUUCUCACCAGCUUUUGAUACCCCUCAGGCUCCUCCAAGUGCCUCCUGAGGUCCUCCCAUGCCUUUUGGUGAUCCUCUGGGAUAUCUGGUAGUGUCUUGUUGGAGGUUUUUCCCUUUGUUUUUCUUUGUCUUAGGGAAUUUUCCCCCAUU